AUGAUCAGAAUCACAAAUCGAAAAAGUGAAAUGUCAAAUCCUACUGCUGGCAGCUCUGCGUUGGCUAUCCCACGUAGUUAUAUCAAUCCAUUGCCUGCAUCGGCUCACUUUGAUUUUAUACAGCGGAAUGCUCAAGGCGACCUUGUUGAAAAGGGAACUUCAACUCCUUUUCGUUGGCUGUCUUUUAAUAUUCCUGCUCUUUUGUUGUGCGAGGAUCGUCCACAGUUCCAACGUGGGUAUCCUAUGUGCAAAAACCCUGACCCUAAUCCUGUUGAUUGGAAAGAUGGCUAUAAACUUGGUACUGAAAACGGUCGACGAUGUAUCAUCUCUCCGUAUGGCGAGAAUGCUUGGGAAUGGGUGGUUCCUGAUCCUUGGGAACAAGAAGACGCUGUUCGAAGUAUUGCUGGUCUAGGUGGUCGUGUUAUUCGCACAUAUACCCUGGGAUUCGGAGACCACUAUCACAUGGAAGGUCCUGGAAAGUUUAAUGAAAAGGCUUUUGUCGCUAUGGAUCAUGCUCUUGCUCUAUGUCGAAAAUACGGUGUGAGAUUGGUCAUCCCGCUUGUCAAUCAAAAUAGUCCCAAUCUAUACUAUGGCGACUAUGGAAUCAUGACAGGGUUUAGAAAAAAGAGUCCCAGUGCGUUCUUCACCGACCCAGAACUCAUAAAUGAUUUUAAAGGUCUGAUCAAAUUUAUGCUUAACCGAAAGAACACAGUCAAUGGUAUCAGAUACGGUGACGACUGCACUAUCCUCGCAUGGCAAACAGGAAACGAACUAGGCGGAUGGGAAGGUGCUCCACCACCAUCGAGAUGGACAAUUGACAUAGCGACUUACAUCAAAGGACUUGCACCCAAUACUUUAGUCAUGGACGGAACAAUGGGUGGAUUGGACUUCAAAAAGCGUAUUCCUAUAGAAUCUCUUCAAUCCAAAUAUGUCGACGUCUUCUCCAACAAUUACUAUUAUGGUCGACAAGAUAUCCAACGACUCAAGGAUGAUCCAGCACAUACUCGUUUGUAUAAAAAGGCAUUUGCUGUGACAGAAUUUGGACUUGCCGAUGAAGGCACGCUUACAGAUGUUGCAACAGCCAUUUCCAGCAACAAACUGGUAUCGGGUGGAUUGCUGUGGAGUCUGCGAUACCAUAGUGUUUUUAGUGGAUUUUAUACCCAUUUUGAAAAGCUAAACUAUUGGUCGUAUCACAUUCCAGGAUUUCCCGCUGCCAAGGGUUUCAUGCCUGAAGAAACGAAUAUUGUGAAGAUGGUUCGCAACCUUGCCUUGCCAUUAGCAGGACGAUCAACUAAAGAACCGUAUCCUUGCCCUCCCACACCAGGAGCGAUUCGAGGCGUGACGCCUUUGACAUUGAAAUGGAAGGGAUCAACUUGGGCUGCUCGAUACAGUGUUGCACGAUGCAAGUGUUCCACACCAACUCCACCACCAGAAACAGUCUGGGAAACACUAUCCUGGUCAGUAAAAGACAAUGUCGAAUGGGGAAAAACUAUUUAUUCCGACAAGACUGCUGUCAAAGGAGUCUUGUAUUGCUACAAGAUCCAAGCCAUUAGCGUCGAUGGAUUUGUUUGUGGCAAAGAUGCAUUGAUCAUUGGACCCAUCAAGAAUAGUUGAACAACCCUUUACCACCAUUAGAAUAAAAGUCAUUAAAUCAUU